UCGACGUGGUGUGAUAUGAAAAAGCGGAAUUCGAAUUUUACGAUUUUAUUUAUUUUUCUACAUUGUAAUACACCUGUUUAUAAUUUUAUUGUUUUAAUCAGUUGAUUAAUUUUUAAAUCGUGAAUAAAUUAGUGAAAUUUGUGUGUUGAUUAAAUAAAUUGGUGAUGUUAAACGUGCACCCUGGAUGGAUCGAUAUUUUCUAGAUUGAGUAUAAAAUUUAGCAGCAAUAUUAUAAGUGGUUAAGAUGGAGAAGUCGGCUAGACCACGAACGGCUCUGAAUGAGUGUGUUAAGGUGGUUGUCCGAUGCCGACCUCUAUCUGAAAGGGAAAAGAACGAAAGCUAUGAAGAGGGGAAGAAACGAGUUAGACACGAAGAAAAGGCCUGGUACGAUCGUCUGUCGACAAAAGCUGUGAACAAAUUUGAUGGCAAAUUACAGGUUGUAAAAGUAUGGCCGGAACGUGGAGCAGUGCAAGUCGACAAUCCAAAAGGCCAGGACAAACUGUUCACCUACGAUGCAGCGUACGACUGCACAUCCGAUACCAAGACUAUUUACGAUGAAAUGGUCAGACCGCUCGUCGCGUCAGUUCUGGAUGGUUUCAACGGUUGCGUCUUCGCAUAUGGCCAAACUGGUACCGGCAAGACCCACACGAUGGAAGGAACUGGUGACGAUGAAGGCAUAAUACCACGAACGUUUAGACAUAUGUGGGCUCAUAUAGAGAACACUGCCAGUCCGGAUGUGACCCAUCUAGUGUCGUGUUCAUAUAUCGAGUUGUACCUGGAAGAUGUAAGGGAUCUUUUGGCUAAGGAUUGUAAGAAGCUCACCAUACGAGGACAGGAACUUAACGGCUUCUACAUACCGGAGAUGACGUCAAUAGUUUGCAAAUCUGCUAAUGAAAUGGUGAGGCUGAUGAGAGCUGGGAACAAGAACAGAGCAUCAGGGAGGACCGAUAUGAAUGAGCACUCUUCUAGAAGUCAUGCUGUGUUCCUGGUAACUGUGGAGACAGCGCAUCGCUCCACUGAUAGAAUACGAGUGGGUAAACUGAACCUGGUGGACCUGGCUGGUAGCGAGCGUCAACGCAAGACUGGCGCUUCAGCUGAUCGUCUCCGGGAGGCAGCUAGAAUCAACCAAGCCCUAUCAUCACUAGGGAAUGUCAUAUCCGCCCUUGCUGAGAACAGCCCACAUGUGCCUUAUAGGGAUUCGAAGCUGACUCGAAUCCUGCAAGAUUCUCUAGGUGGGAAUAGUAAGACAAUUAUGAUAGCCAAUAUUGGUCCAGCAUCAUACAACUACGACGAGACUGUCACUACGCUAAGAUACGCCCAUAGAGCUAAAGCAAUCAAGAACAAACCGGUCCGCAACGAGGAUCCGAAAGAUGCCAAACUACGGGAGUAUCAAGCGGAAAUCGAAAGACUGCGGUCGCUCAUCGAACAACGAAAAGCUAUUGAUAAACGGAAAAGACCACCACGAAUUCGCACGAAGACCACACCACAGGAUUCUGAAGAAGAAACAGCCAGUCUGAAAAGCGAGCACAUUCUAGCAGAAUCGACAAUAGAACAAGAGAAGACCAAAACGGAAGAAUUGGAGCAUCAAAUCCAGGCGUUAGAAGACCGAUUAGUCCAGGGUGGUGGGGGGAAAGACCUGCUCAACAACUUGAAUGAAAGCCAAGUUAUCCUCCAACAGAGGCACAUGGAGAUAACAGAGAGGAAAAAGAGAGAGAUAGAGAUGCAGCAAAAGAUAGAUUUGGAAGAGGAGACGACUGCGAUAGUUACGAAUACGUUCACAACUCUUCAACAGGAGGUUGAUCACAAAACCCAAAGGUUAAAGCGGUGCCUCGCGAAAUACGCCUCGUUACGCGAAGAAAUGGUCGAGCAAAGGGAAGCCCACGACUCCGAGAGACGCGAGCAGGAGGCUCUUCAGGCGGCCUUAAUAGCGGAGUUGCGGCGUCGGCUUUUGUUGGCGGACAGCUUCGUCCCGGACGCGGGCAGACCCACCGUCAUGAGGCUGAGGUAUAAUGAUGAUGCUGAUGGCUGGGAGCUGCCUCAGAGCGGUGCCGAACCACUAUCAGCCCGUCCAGUGGCGACUCCAGGUGCGAGAAGACCACACUCAGCGACCGAUACCAAUACCCCAAGACGUCGUUCUGAGAAUUUACUGGACCUACGGCCCAUACCCCUGCCAACCACAGUGCGGAGUUACCCCCCACAGAGGCCCCAGACCACCAUCACCAAGGUUCCUUUCAAUAAGGUACCGAUGAAUAAGUCAGUGGAAGUUCCAGUUAAAAAGGAAGUACCGGAAACACGUCGCGUAAGCGGAAAGCCUAGACCACCCUCUGCAUUACAUAGACUCGGUACCGCUGGUGUGCGGUAGACCCUUAAAACAUAAGCCUUAAGAUACACCAGGCUUAUCUGCUUAUACGAGCUAUACUUGUAUCACUCGUCUCUUUCUCUCAAAUGGUGUUUAUGCUGUGAUAAAAAGAGACGGUGACUAUUCUAAUAGAAUUUAGUGAAAAGGAGUUAUUUUGAGCUGAAGGCCGACUUAUUCGACAAAAAAAGAAAAAUAAUGCGAAAAAAAUUAUAUAUAUAAUAAUUAAUAUACAUUAAAAUAAUUAGAUAAUAGUUACUAUAUUACAUAAUUUAUUAAUUAUGUAGUUAUAUAAAAUAAUAAAAAAGCAAUUGAUUACCGGUAUUUGAAAAUCGGUUAACUAAUACAACACUAUGUAGCCAUAGAGUUUCUAGAUGGUCAUUAUCGUGAACUCGUUUAUCGGUUUUUUGAAAUUCGAAUUACAUAACAUUGUGUGUUAGUCUUCUCAUACGUUUAUUUGCAUUUGUAGAUUUGUUGCCUUUUUCUAAAUUCUAUUGAAUAGACCAUAUUUUAGUUGGGAAUAAGUGGAUUUUGCAAGUGUCAAUAUUUAUAUAAAAUUAUUAUUAAUCUGUUUUAAUACAAAAAUCUAAACUUAUUAUUGAAAUUCAGAAUUCUUAAAUAUUGAUUUAUUUAAAAUUACAAAGCUAUAAGUAAUGAGAAUUUUAUUUGCAUACAUAUAAAAAUAUUGACAAUUGCAAUUCAAUGUUCCGGGUGUUGUCAAAAAUGUCAAACUAUAUUGGCGGAACUAUAAGAGGGGUGUCCUAAAGUUUUAUAAGCGGUUAAUUAAUAAGUUAAUUCUCAAAAUAAAUUUCUCAUAUAACAACUUGUGAGCGAAAAAAUAAUUUUUCAUUCAUAUUUUUUUUUAUGACAAAUUUAUUUUACGUCGACUGUAUGAUACCGUUCCGAUAACUUUAUGGAAAUCAAAACAGGGUUACCGUCUAGAAUAAGUUGAAUUGUCUUUUGUGACAAUAACAGUUUUAAAAAUACGUUAAAACUGAGAGAUACAAAUUUUGCGAACUAUUUCUAAGCGUUAUCUUACAGUAUUUAAAAAAAUCUGAGUAAUUUUUGAUUGCUAAACUUCUACAGAAACCUAUAUUUCAUAAAUAAUUUACUAGAUGUUAUAUAUAUAAAAACAUCCAAUCGAUUACCGAUAUUUGAAAAUAAGUUUGCAUUACAACACUAUGUAUAUCGGUUUUUUGAAAUUCGAAUUCCAUAAAAUUGUAAAUAUGGGUAUUUUCAUAUGUUCAUUUGUAUUUGUAGAAUCAUUCUACAGAAGAGCGAGGACUAUGAAUGUUUAAGAUAUAUUUAUAAAAGUUGAUCAGUUCGCAAAAUUUGUAACGAUUUUUUAAAUCGGAACGACUCGCAUCUCGAAAUAUCGGUUUUGUGUUUGCCGAUUUUAUACGAAAUUGUAACGAAUGCUUGGCUUUGAAUCACUGCGAUGAAUAUAUAGCUCAUGAAAUGUGUCAAGUUUGACAAUGACAGCUGUCAUUUGUCAUCAUUGUGGCCACUUGAAAGUAAUAUAAUGUUGAAGGCAUGAUUUCUUAUGUUUAGUACUUUUGUUUUGCAUUGUAAAAAGCCAUCGUAGACUUCAUAGUUUCAAAGCAAAAAGUGUUUUUUUGAGCUUUGAGUGCAGUUCAGUUUUAGGCCCAGAACUCUAAAUUGUGGAUAAGAAUGACAUCAUCACAUAGAUCUGUCAAACUACUUUUCUCCAGGAAUUUUUUGACAGGCCUUCAGGUCAAACUUGUCACUCGCUUUGCUCAGAUAUGUAUAAAGCGUGAAAGGGAGCUUAAUAUGACACUUUAGCUGAGAGAAAAUAUUAAAAUAGAUGUUUUGGUCUCUCUCAGCCGCACAAAAUUGUUUUAAUCAAUUUGAAUUUUUAAAUUUAAUUGUGUCAUAUGCGAACGCGCAGGCGUCGAUGUAAAUAUAUAUAUAUUAAUAGUAUUUAAUCAAUUGUCACGAGCCACGUGACGUAACGAUCUCAUUCAAUUUCCAGUAUUCAUACGCAAAGUUGUUUUAAAUUAGAUGAAUUUUGUUUUUUUAAUCACAAUAUGGAUAAAGGCUCAGACAUUUCAUACGAAUUUUGACGUUUUUGGCUAUUCAGAAAUAAGUGUACGCGUCAAACAUCACACUUGACAGAUAGGUGUCUCGUUCCUUGAGUUGAGCCUUGAGUGUCAUAUCUAACACGUGUUUGAGUCAUUCUUAGGGCUAAUUCUCGACUGUGAUGAUAAACGUUGCGUUGACAUUUCAUGUGCACAGGUUAUACAAGGUGUGGCUGGCUGUCAGAAUGACAUUAGCUCACGCUUUGUCACGUGACCGUUUCCAUUCAAAUUCGUAUUGUGAUAAUGAGUCACGCCUGUCGCCAAGUGUUAUGUAUGAAGGCCUAUUUCAAAAUAGCCUUACUGUAAUUUGUUUUACGGCUAACCGAAUUUUUAUCAUUAUUUAGGCUUAUUUUGUAUAAUAUUUUAUCGUUAUUGUUUUUAGUAAAUUUUAUUUAUUGCUUCGGACUUGAGUUCGUGGCGAGUGAUAUUAGUUUAUUGUAGUGUUAUUUUAAUGUAUGAAAUUUCUCUCUUAUGUCACAUGACAGCGUAAAUCGGAAAACGUAAUACCAUAUCCCAUACAACAAUAGUUGUGUUAUUAUGUUUUCGGAUAAUGCCAUAAAAACCUCGGAAAUUCCAUUGUGUAAAAUUUAAUGAUUGUGAUAGUGUCGUUCAAAUGCGUUACCAAAGAUGGAAACUGUCCAUUCCAUGUGCUAAUGUCAAUAUCGGUAAAUAGUGAUGUUCCUGUAAAAUAAAAUCGAUUUUUCGUUUUGUUAACGUUUCCAUAUGGUUUCUAGUCAAUGAUUCUUGUAUACAAAGUUAAUGUAAAUAAAUUAUUUAGUUAUCAAAAUAAUAAAAAUAGUAUAGGUAGUGGCUUACGUUCGCACAAUUUUUGAUUACGAUAAAAAGCUGUUUUUGGGUAAUUUUAAAAUUUAACGCAUGGAUGGAGCAUUAAGUUUAUUUUGUUAGCUCCUGUGUUUUAUGCUUGUGCUGUAAGGUGAUAGUUGAAUUAGAUUUUAAAAUUUGAGAACCAUUUUUAAUUUUAUCAUUGGAAAAUUAAAUCAUGUGAUAUAUAUUUGGAAACUGCUAGUCAGGUGUGCCGCGUACACGCUUAUACUCACUAAUAAAAUAUUUUUA